AAUUGUUCCCUAAAGGGACAUGAUAACCACCUAUAGGUACAUUUUUCCUAUUCGACCAUAAACUAUAUGCCAUUUAAAUGUUGUCCAUUUAUUGCUGGUUACCCUGUAUGUAAAUCAGAUCCUCUCUUUUAACAUAUAGGCAAGUAAAUAUCGGCCCGAUGUAAACGAAUCCAGCAUCGCGCUUCCAAAAUACGCGACCGCACAAUGAAUUGCCUCCUAGGUCCUAGAUGAAAUUGGCUAACGUUUUAUACACGAAUACUUAUGAUGUUUUCUUUUAAAAUGUCUAAAAAGUUUCAUCCAAGAGACAGAAGUUAGUAGAUACUUUACAAGCUUUUAUUUCUUUUCCAUCAAUUCACAAAUCAAACAAUUAAGUUGAUUUAUAGUACAUAGUACCUAUUUGGUCUACUACACGAAUACUAUAUCAUUCAUUGAUAUUCAACUUAAAAAAGAAUUGCAUUUCGGAAGUUAAACAUCACGCUCACAGGAACAAGAAAAUCAUUAGAUCCGCUCAUGCCCCGUAUCGCCCGGGUCCACCCCCACCUCCAUCGGAUGCUGCGUGAAGUAUCUGUCACCCGAUAUGUCUGCGCACACUAGUGGACGACACAAAGGAGUACCGAAAAUGUUCAUACCAUACAUUUAGGACAGUUCACCUGUUCAUUAUAAAUACUAAACAGACCCGUCAAAAUGGUCCUUUCAGUGAAACGUUUUCGAUCGAGAAUGGCAACAAAACUAUACAUUUGCGUGAGAUGUGGAGCAAAGACCGCAGCUCUUCUGUUUUGGGUAUCUCUUUACAUGAUAGUUAUGAAAAUGACGGUUUUUAAAAGCACCGAAGAUACGUCAGUGAAGGACUGGUCUAUAAUACCAGACAACUACAGCGGGUGGCAGGGUGCUGUGCCAUUAACUAACGACGAUUCAGAAACAUCAAACCAUGACUUUAUCACGUGGCCUGAGGUAGAUAAUGAUACGAUUAUAGUAUUGAAGAAUCGAUCAAAAACAAUGCAAAAAGUCUGUCGCCAGAGAAAUCUUCUCUCACAAAAAGUGAACUCUAAAGAAUUCUAUGUCGAUCAUGAUCAUGGACUUGUUUGGUGCAACAUUUUCAAAGCUGCCAGCUCGACUUGGAUGUAUUAUAUGAAUAUUUUAGGAGGAUAUAAGAAAAAGUUUUUGGAAGAAACUAAAAAAAUACCGUUAAUUUUAGCAAGAAAAAAGUUCCCCCGUCCUAAAAUAAAAGAACUAACAGAAGCAAUUCAAGCACCUGGGGUUGUGUCGCUUUUAAUUGUGCGAGAUCCUUUUGUAAGGUUAUUGUCAGCAUAUCGUGACAAACUGGAGAUCAACCAGCAAGGGAAAAUAAAGCCGUAUUAUAGGAAAUUGGCAAGGACAAUAAUUACAAAGUAUAGAAAGAAAGAAGCCCUAGUCAAGGCGAAAAAUAAAGUGGUUGGUCCAACAUUUCGUGAGUUCGUCCAGUAUCUUAUAGACGAGUAUCAUCCGGGGUACACGUUUGACGAACACUGGGCUCCGUACUACACGUUUUGUACACCAUGUGCAGUCAACUUUACUGUGAUAGCGAAAGUAGAAACGUUCACAAAAGAUUCAAUGUAUGUAAUACAGAAACUAAAUCUCGGCCCUGUGUUAAACAUAAAGGCUGGUGAGCGUAAGAGAAAACAUCGUGGUCUGAUGAAUACAUCUCGUGACGGGAAGAACACGACAUCUUUGUUAAUGCAUUAUUAUGGUCAACUUGACGAAAAUAUGUUGGAUAAUUUGUUAAAAAUAUACGAUAUAGACUUUGAAAUGUUCGGAUAUGAUGCGAGUGUUUAUAGAAGUUAUGUUAAAAAAUAAAAGUUCAGUUAUUUUUCUUUUUCUUUCUUAAAUAUCUUUCGUACGUUUCGUUUACAAAAUAUCAACUGAAGUAGCUUCGUAGGUAUACUACCUAAUUUUUUAGAAGUUGACGAAUGUUACUUAUUGGAUAUAUAAUUCACUUUUUAAUAAAUUAAAAUAUUAGUUAUUCGUUAGCAUAGAAAGGUUUUUACAGUAGUAUAAGUGUAAGGAGUAAGGACGAAUUGAAAGUUUAAAAAUAUAGUAAGUAGUUAGGUGGGUAGGUAUGUGGCUAAGUAUGAGAAAAGAACUGAGUGUACCUAGUUAUCAAGUUAAUCACGGACAACCAAUACCAAACUGAAUGUCUGGAAUUGCACCUUGUAUUUGAUAGUAGGCUCACUCUCUUACGGUAAACAGUCGACAAUUCCAAGUGGCGAAAAAUAACAAAGCGUUUAAAGCAAUAUAAAU